ACAGAGCGAGAGCACAGUGCUGCCUAGUGUCACAGAAAACUGUGCUAGUGCCUAGUGCCCACAGUCCGUCAGUGGUAGUGUAGUAGGUCGUAGUGAACGGAUCCAGACAUUGUCGAUAACAGAGAAAGAUGGCAAACAAAAACGCACCUCCUCCCUAUGGUUUCAGCCCACAAGGGACAAAUAUUGUGUACUCCACUCAACCAACUGUCAUGGUGAUGCCUAUGGGACCCCAGAGUGGCACGGUGACUUGCCCUUCGUGCCAUGCAACUGUCUCGUCCCGUGUGGAGAAAGAAGCCACUACAAAAACACAUCUCUUCGCUCUUAUAUUGUGCCUUGUAUUCUGCCCGUGUGCAAUCAUCCCCUACUGUACAGACACUUGCAAGGCUACCAACCACUACUGUCCAAGUUGCGGAGCCUUCCUCGGAUCCUACGACAAUUAGCAGUGGAGCCAACAUUGACACAUUAUCAUAUUGUAUUCAUAUUUCACUGGGCAAGUGUAUUCAUGCCAAUUUGCUACGUGUUCAACUUACCUUCAGCUAGAAGUAACCAUUUUCUAAGGUUAUUGAAUGUAUACUCAGCGUUUACAUACUGUUUAUAACAGUAUAACAGUAUGUGUCAACAUUAAGUUCAUUGAGAUAAUUAGGGUAAAAGUUUAAUGUUCUCUUGUACUCUGCAUCAAGAACUAUGAAACUUAAAAUAUGGAUAAAAAGCCCCUAAAACUGUAAAAAAGGUACAAAUUUAGUUUUCUAGUCAAUAUUUCAUUUAAUUGAUAUACGGUAACAAACAUUCAAACCAUUGCAUGAUUUUAGAGCUGCAAUGAAGUUUUUCAAUGGUUUUACUUAAACACUAAUUAUUUUGAUAAGCAUUUAUUGAUUUGAUGCAUGUUGAUGUUACCAUUUUACGGUAGCUCUUAUACUUACAAUUGAUUGAAUUAUAAAAGUCGUUCAUGUACUUAAAAAAAAGAAUGAAAUUACUAAAAAAACUGUAGUAAUUUAUGAAUAUGUAAUCAUUGACAGUAAUCUAAGGGUGAAAAUAAGCCACCUUUAGUACUGUGGAACAAUUAAACAAUGUAUUUUGACAAUGACAUAUUGUGAUAUGUAAGCCUCAAUCAAAGAAUGAAUUAAUAUUUUUACUUACAGUUUGUAAUGUUAAGUUGUUAGACUCUUGCAUGAAAUGUUGUUGAUCAUUCCGUAAGUGCUAUUACAGUAUUGUUAUUUUUUGUAUCCAUGAAAAAUAAAUCACAUUAUCUAUCCUU